UUCAAGAGGAAAGAUGGAAUUUGUAACUACUGAAUCAUUUGUGAGCCCUUUAAAGGGAUUCUUGAUAUUGCCACCAGCAACACAAGAAAAGAAAAGUGAAACCAUAUAUUGCAAAUUAGAUGACAAACCACGUCCAUACAUCAUUGGCAGCAUACGAAACGUGAACCAGAAAAUCACUCAUUUAGAAUGGGGACUGAAAAAAAUGGACAGUAGUGACUUAGUGAUUGAGGAUGGACUGAAGAGGCAUCAAACACAGAGGACUUCUAGAAAAGUGUUGAGGGAAAGCAGGGUGAAAGAGAAAGACCAGAAGGUGUUGCAGAAGACUGUCGGCCAUGGUUCGGAGAUUGAAAUUUUAAUCGCUCAGGGCAAAAUAGCUCAGAAAAAGAUGGUAACAGAAAAGGAUAAACUUGUGGAAUUGUAUCAAUACCCAGGGUACUGUAAGGAAGAACUCACCCUUCUGCCAAAUGGAGUAGAGCUUGAUGAAAUAUUGGAGAAGGUGAUUCGUGCCCAGAGUAAAACAAUAAUUGGGAAGACAAAGUGGACUGUGAAGAUGCUGCGCAGGUUUCUCGGUGCUCCAUGCAUCCAAGCUAUUUUGCUGGACAGUUUCUGGUGGCAGUUUCUACACCUCUAUCAUCCGAAUCGAGAGAUUCAGGGACAUUUGUUUGAACGCAUUGCAGAAAAUUAUUCCCGCGCUCUCUUGGGCUGUCAUAAGGUUUCAAACCAGGAACACCUCCUUACAUUUUUCCCAUCGCUGCUGAGUCAAGCUGUGUACACCUGCUUCUGCUACUGUUUCCCGAGGUCCUGGUUCAAUACAUGUGAAUUCAAAGCCCAGCUCUGUGAUGUAUUCUCCGAGUGGUUAGGAGGUACCUUGCAUGCACCAGGAAGUUACAGUAAAUGGGAUUACUCCCAGCUGGAACCAGAGCGAUCCAGGAGAGAAGAUAUGCUGGCAGGAAAGGGGAAAAUGAGGACUGACUCUGAUGUUUCCUUUGGCUGCAAGGAAGUUAGUACUGUGGAGAAGCUCCCCAAACAGAAACGCUUAUCUUUACAAAAUGUUGUUAGGAAGCACAUGGAAGCAGCCAAGAAUCCUAUUACCAGGAAAACAGAUCAGCAGCAGCUGUCCAAAAGAGGACAAAUGCGUCAUUUUGAUUCUCGCUCUGUGCCAUGUGAUGACGAGCUUAAAGAGAAGAAAUCAUGGAACAAAAGCCGAAGCUCACAAAAAAAGAAGCUAAAGUUUGCUUUGCUUUCUCGAGAGUCACACCCAGCCUGUUGUGGUCCUGAGUUCACCUGGCAUCUUUUGAAUAUUGGCGGAAACAGCCCGCUCAUUCAGCACUUCCUUCAGAAACGGCAUGCUACAUCAAAGGCAGGAUGUGACAUCUUUUUGCCCAGGAGGGAGAUCUGCAAGCCAAUACCGGAUUCUGCACAGACAUACGCGGAAGUGAUCAAGGAAGGUUUUCAUAUACUCGAGGAGAGGCACAAAGCCUUCACAAAAACCUAUUGGAGACACUGGAGAGAAAUGAAGAAUUUUGACCAACAGUGCAAGGAUAACCAGGAAAUUUUCAGACAGGAGAUGCAAGAAGAGAUGAAAAGAAAUCAGGCCCAAAAGCAGAAAGAGUUACUUGCUCCUCCCCUAGAUGGACUGAACACUUCACGCAAGAUUUCAUUCAGCUUACCGGAAAUGACAUAGUAGUUAAUUUACUCAUCUGGGAGACAUACUAGUUAACUUACAUGUGAGCUUUGCAACAGAUUUUAUUUGUUUUCAAAUAAAUCUGGA